CGUUGCUGUCUUUUUUGCUUUAACAUAUGCGGAACGGGAACGAAAAACCUACAUUUAACGAGAAUAUUUAUUUUGUAAACAAUUGGAAUUGUUUGGAUUGAACUUGGAGCUGCAUAAGCAAUCGUUUCAUCCGAAAGCCAGCGAAUACAUAUUCAAUAAGAUAGCAACGACUAAACAAACGGCCACACGUUCCAGCCACUCAUCUUAUUGAUAUUUUUACUUUGCGCAAUUGAGAAAAAAAAUGUGUUUGUACACGCUUUUCGAUUUGGAACGACGGACACGAGUAUUGGUAUAAUGGAAAUUCAAGUGAAGAUAAGAGUACUAACUCACACCGCGUAAUUGUAUCGCCUAUAUAUACACAUGCGUUCAGAUGAUUUUUGAACAUACGGUUCGUAUUAUUAUUUUUUGUGGAUUUUCGUCAUUUUGUGUUUUGUCGCGUUACCGAACAACCCAACAGUCCGCAACGGUUCAGAUGCUGUGAAUGACGACUUGUUAUUUUCCGCUAUUGAAAUAAUAACGAGAGAUAAUUUGUGUGUUAUAUUUGCGUGUGUUGACAUUAUUUUUGGUGACAAGCCAUUUUUCCUUAUGGUUUUGGUGUGCCCUAGAAAUAGGUCAGGUGCUCAAUAGUGACGUUCAAACACAAUAUCCGAAAAGAAUGUAUUCUAAUGAAGCAUUUCAGCAGCAAAAAUAAUUUUUUUCAUCAACAUGAGCUCAUACACGCUACAAAUUUUGACGUGGAUAUUCGUGCUAUCGUUUAUAUGUCUAAAUGUGCAGUGUAAGGAGAUUUUAGCUAAUUAUUCUCCCAAUUAUAGACAAUUAGAUUGUAAAUACGAUUUACCGACCAGCGAUCAAAUAUGCGAUUGUACAAAUCGAAAUAAGAAUUACUUUCUGCCAUUGUUCAAUGGAAAUAUCAACAAUUUAAAAGUUCAGAAUUGCAAAAAUGUGCUGGUUACCCUGAAUACGUUUCGAGAUGUGGAUCACAUCGAACACAUUCAUUUCACGAAUAUCAAAGAAUUGACUUUGGAAGCUCAUUCGUUGGGAUUCAAGAGACAGUUACCGGUUCCGAAAAUAAAAUUGAUAUUCACCAAUGUUUAUUUCUCGGAAAUCGUUCCUUACUCUAUCGGCGGUGGAAUCGAUAGCAUUACAUUCAACAAUUGUUACAUCAAAAAAUUGAAUGCUUACGCAAUCAACUCGGUGUACGAAACAGUAUACCUUAUCGCCUUCGAAAAUACUGGAAUCGAUGUGAUUGAAAGUCAAGCGCUGAAAAAGCUAGACAUCGAGCAUUUUAUAAUGCGAAACACCACAAUUUGGUCGCACUUUCCGUCACGGGCAUUUAGCGCUUUAACAAUUACCCACGAGAUUUCAAUUUCAAACUGCACAUUUGCAACCAUUAGCUCUCAUGCUAUUGAGUUAGACCACGUAAGUGACUUCAUUUUUUCCAACAACAAAGUCGAUCUGCUAGACGGUGAAGCAUUCCAAAUGAAUGCCAAUGGGCGGAUUUUAAUCGAGCGAAAUAAUUUCACGCAAAUGAGUCAUUCUGCACUUUCGGCUAUCAAUGUGGAUAGACCGAAUAGUGCUAGGCAACGCAAUAUGGAAAUACAAUUCACAUCAAACGAUAUCUUCAAAACGGACCAUCCCAUUCGAUUUGAUCUCGCACGUGACAUUAACAUCCGAAUUCUUAAUUUGAAAUUUUCGAAUAUAAUCGAUUGCGACAAAGCGAAAGAAUUGAGAAAUAACGGUUUUCUUCAACAAUACGCGGAAACGAUUUAUUUUAGAAUCGGUACACCCACAGACGGCUACAGUUCAUUGUCAAGCAUUUUGUCCAACAGAUGUGCUAAUACAACGUAUUUGAUUGCCAUCAUAUCAGUAGCAAUUGUUUUGCUUUUGAUCUUGGUCAUCGUUGGCGUAGCAAUUUUCUAUCGCUUCUGGUGGAUGAAACGAAAACCAAAUCAACAAAUAAGCAUGAUCAUUCCAGAUGGCAAAACAUACCGCGAAACACAAAUUAUGAUACAAAUCGAAAAUGCCGGCUUACUUAAGACCAAUUUGUAGAAGUCUAUCUAUAUAGUAGUAUUUAUCUCAAGUGAUAAAUUCCAGUCGUAGUUUUUAACAACUGUUUUAUAUCAAUUCACUUUGCAUUAGUCAUAGAUUGUUUGCUUAGCCUUAGGUAUUUACAUUUUAGUUUAAUCGCUUUUUCUACGAGGCUGUUGUUGUAGCUUUAGGUUUUAAAUGUAAUUGCUAUUCGAAUACAGAUGGAUUUUUCUUUUUAAACGACAAAAAAACAAUCAAAGUCUCAAGUUCAUGUUCAAAGAUUUUCAAAAACGAUUAAACACUCACCCAAUAGGUAGAUAUGAAUCCAGAGCUUGAUUGAUCGUCAAAAUCGAAUCCGAAAGAGCCAAUCCCUUUGACAAGAGUGCUGAAUGCACUUGAAUAGUUUUUUCAACUGACGAAAAAUCCUCCAAUGGAUUCUCACCAGGCAAAAUCAAACUUUUCUUCAGUAAACUAGCGCUGCACAUUCCGCCCAAAUAUGCAAGCUCACAUUCUAACCAGUUCAAUGUCGAAUUGGGAAGUUUUGUCUGGAAAAUUUAAUCAACGAAUGAAUGGCAAUGUUCUCAAACAUUCGAAAUAUUUCGUUUUUCAAAACAAGCUAUUGCAAUACUUACGAUUAAAAACGGAUUGUCAUAACCAACGAUCAAGCAUUUGAAACCAAAAUUGUUGGCGUGUUGAUCAUGAGCGUAGUUUGUGGCUGUUUCUAACGAGAUGUUAACCUUAUUUCCAGGUAGAAUCAGCGCGUUUUGUGUCCAAUGAGAUGAUCUGAAAUCAAAUGAAUAAAAUGAAUAUUGAGUUUAAAAAA